GUCUCCUCUCCUCGACUCCAAAGUCCAAACUCUCCAAGCAGCAGCAGCAGCAAUGGAGGACGACAAGACGACCCAAGAAUCAUCGGCGGCGGCGGCGCCGCCGCUGAGGAGCCUCGCGGACUACGCCGUCGGCCCCAUCCCGACCCUCCUCUACGUCCCCGGCUUCAUCUCCGACGCCGAGCAGUCCCAGCUUCUCCACCAUAUUUACCAGGCGCCAGCGCCCAAGUGGAAGUCACUCAAGAACCGGAGGCUGCAGAACUGGGGAGGAGUGGUGCAUGAGAAGGGGCUCCUGCCGCAGGCAUUACCUUCAUGGCUAACAAAGAUAACCGACCGAAUCUGCCAAUGGACUGGUUUAUUUCCUUCAGCAAUCAAUCAUGUUUUAAUUAAUGAGUAUCAUCCAAAUCAAGGGAUCAUGCCACACCAAGAUGGUCCUGCCUACUUCCCUGUUGUUGCUAUAAUUUCUCUUGCUUCACCGGUUGUGAUUGACUUUACCCCUCAUCAAAGGCUUAAAGGGGAGGACUUUACAGAUCCCCAAAAUGCACACUCUGGAGAGUCGCAGGCAACUACAACAGAGAGCAAUGGUUCCCAUAAUCUUGAAGGUGCAAAUGAAACUGACCCUGCUUCUUCAUCACUUCUUCUGAUGCCGUGCAGCCUGCUGAUAUUCAAAGAUCAGGCUUAUACAGACUACCUGCAUGGAAUACAAGAUAAUGAGCUACAAAACCUAGACAAGGUCGCCAAUAUGUUACAGUGCCCAGAAUUCAAGCAUCUAAAUUCUGGUGAUGGGCAGGGGAACACAGAUGAGUCUUGCAGCCUUGAGCAAAGUGGCGUCUACCGUAGGACUGCGAGGAGAGUCUCGCUAACGUGUCGGCUGGUGUUGAAAGUUCACAAGAAGCUGUUCAAAAUGUAGUCUAUUCCUGUUGGUUGGGUUAACAAGAAACAGUGUAGAGUAUAUUCUAAGAGUAACCUGUGACAUUAUGCUGGUACCGAAGACUACUGACUGGUGUACAAGGCCUUGAUCUGCAAGCUGGAACAGCAUGAUUUGUCUAAAUUCUGAAAGAAAGAAAAAACUGUAGUUGUUUGGACUAAUGGGCAAUAUGCUGCUGCAUGGAAGAGGGCCCUGACUCCUCAAUAGUGUUUAGUUUUGAGACAUUACUGUGCUUUUAAUGCCCGUAGGAAUUCAAUGGCAUAUGGCAUUGUACUAUUGUGUUUUUUCAGUUUUAACUGCUCAUCCUAUAUUCGGAAGGAGCCCACACUUUCAGUUUUAACUGCUCAUCCUAUAUUAUGCUGUUGGGAUCGUACAGAAUUUUGACAAAA